UUGAGCUGUGUAACAGUCACUAACACCAGUCACCUCUGUCUAGCUGGGUUCUAUCGGGCUCCACUCAGUUCACCUUCAGAAAAUGGAUUCUAUGGACGUUUAUCAUGGGAACAUCAGCCGGGAGACUGGGGAGAAGCUGCUGCUGGCUACGGGGAUGGAUGGCAGCUAUUUACUGCGAGACAGUGAGAGCGUCCCAGGAGUGUAUUGCCUGUGUGUGCUAUAUAAGGGUUAUGUUUAUACCUACAGAGUGUCCAAGACAGAUACAGGUUCCUGGAGUGCCGAGACUGCACCUGGGGUCCACAGAAGAUUGUUCCGGAAAGUACACAACCUAAUUACAGCAUUCCAGAAGCCAGAACAAGGCAUUAUAACUCCUCUGCAGCAUCCUGUAGUGAAUGCUGCGAAAGCCAAGCACCCACAAGGAAAAAAGGAAGAUCAUGACUUUUAUUUGCAUCCUUCAUGAAGACACGUCCCAGAGUUUGAAGUAAUUUAAAUAGGCUUUUAUAUGUCAUUUUUACACAAAAUGCUGUAGAUUAUAGACAUUACAACUCUAUGAGUUUUCCUGUAAUAUUUUCAGAAAUGUAUGUUUAAUGCAACUUCUAGUCUGCUGUUUAAAAGAUUGGCAUGAAUCUGUUUUUUUUUUUAUAAAGAUGUGGGAGAAAAAAUAACUAGCAAUUGGAUGACUUAAUACUUUCAUUUUCUGUUGGUGCUUGGCAGGGCCGGCUCUAGGCACCAGUAAAACAAGCUGGUGCUUGGGGCGGCACAUUUUUAGGGGAGGCAUUCUGGCGCAGGCCAUGCCGCCCCUAAAAAUGUGCCCCGGCCGCCCUAACUCACCUCCGCUGCUGCCGCUCCCGCGCCACUGCUCGCCCUCCCUCCCAGGCUCUCAAACCCGGGAGGGAGGGGGAGAUCCCGA